AGUUGUGAGUCGUUGUUAGUAUGCGCUGUGCUGUCUGUUCAUGGCUCUGUUCCUGUUCCCUGUCCUGCUCAGUGUCAGAUCUGUUUUUGCCUGCUUGUUUGUUUCCUGUUUUUUGCCCAUUAAAGGAGUAACUGCAAAUGGAUCCGCAUUCACCUGUGACUAACCGUGACAUCCACUUUAUUUGAACUCAACUCACUGAAGUCUAUGUUUGUCACAGAUAGCUCUUUAUACCUUGCAUCCUCCUCUACUAACAGGAAUAUCUCACUAACUUCAAGUACAUAUUGUAAUCCAUGUUAUCAUAGAAGCAAACACCAAAGCCCCGAAAUCUCUUAAAGGUGUUUAGCUGGUGACUACGAAGCUGGUGAAUAUAAGGUCAUACUACAUUUUUAUACAAAACUUUACAUGUAAAGCUAUUUAAUGAACCAUCAUGACCUGCAUGGCUGAGGUUAUUAUCAUCCUGGAAGAGAGCUUGCUUCUACCAGGAUAGAAAUAUGUGAUAGUUUUGACCUUCUGAGGACAUUUGUAUAGUCCUUAAAAAUAUCAAAUAAGUAUCAUUGUAACCAUAGCUUUAAUUAGCUGCAUUAAUACAGUAUUUCACAAUUGCUAAAACACAACCCCAUUCUCUGAACCCAAUGCUCAGUGUCCUAAACCCAUUUGUCGAAUCAGUCACUUUGUAGGCAAAACCUUAAACAAGUUCAGGUAGUUAAGACACUCUUUGCAAAUCUCAUCCACUCUUUUUGCAACUCUAAACACAUUCUUACUCACUAAAACACAUUUUGCACUGUGUUGAAAAAUUGUAAAUACAUGUGGCAAAAGUUAAACACAACUACAACACAGCUGUCAUUGUUUACACACAACUCAAAAUUGUUCACACUUGUUACUGAUGAUGUUAUCAAAUCAGUUGUCUAGUAUAUAAGCCAGUUCAGAGGUGGCCCGGGUACGUUGUGUUGAUACCACAAUGGAUGGAAACAAUGUGAGAGGAAGAGGAGGAAGAGUACAAAGACAAUGAAGAGCAAGACCAAGAAUAGUAAUUUCAGAUCAACUGUGAUAGACCAUGUUCUUGCUCAUGGAAAGAAAAUGAGGGAAGCAGGACAAAGAGUACAAUUCAAUUUGUCCAAAUUCUCUGUGGCCACCAUAAUCAGGACAUUCAGAGAAGAGAACAGGGUAAGCAUGAAGCAAGUGUACAGAGUACCCUUUGAGCGCAAUUCAGAAAGGGACAAAGAUCUCCGAUAUCAGUAUGUGCAAUUGAAGCAGGGUUCAAUCUGGCGGAGGAGAAGGAGAGGCUGGAACAGAAUUGGCCAACGUGCCAUUGUGGAAGUCUCUGGUCACGGUGGUGGCAAUGUCACCCUAUGUGCAGCCAUAAGCAAUGGGACGGUUCUCCACCGUCAUGCAACCCUGGGGCAUAUAACACUGACCAUCUUCUUACAUUUCUUCGGGAUGUUUUGUUUGAACGUGAGCAGCAGGAUCAUCAGCAAGCAGUGCAUCCUGUCUAUGUUGUGGUUUGGGACAAUAUCAGCUUUCACUGUGGUGUCAGAAUACGCACUGGAAUUGGCCUGUGAUGACAGGUGUGGAGUGUUGUCAAGCCUGGAUCCGGCACACGAGAGGGUUCCUCCCCCGUUGCCUAGAAAGGGACAACAUUGCAUGUGAUGUGGACGAAGUCCGGAUGCUGAGGCAGAAUGAGUCUUUCAUUGACUUUGAUUUUGCAAUAGCAUAAUAUUUUGUAUAAUACACUUUUCAUUUAGAGUUGUCUUUGUUCUUUGGGUUUACUUUAUUUUUAUGCUGAAAAUACAGAAAUUCAAUACUGUAUUACUUGCAGUACUUACAGUAUGCAAUAUAUUUGCUGUACCGAGUUGUGAAUUAUUUACUUUUAUUUAUGGCAAAAUUAUUUUCUAAAUGCAAUAAACAUUUUUU